CGGCGCCUUUAAGCGGAAUCCCGGCAACCGUCGGGUUGGGGGAGGGCGUUCCUGAGCCCGAGGAGGCAGAGAGAAUUAUGGAUUCUGAAUGACAGCUACUGAUUGCCAAAGUAAAACCUAUCAUUGCAUGUGUAAUGAAGGAUAAGAAGCCAACAGUGACUGUGAAUUCUACUCUAGCAAAAUGAAAAUCCUUGAGGCAAGGUCUUCAACUCAGUGAUUUAAAAAUGGAGGAGGGAGGAAGGAGUCUGGAUUCUGGACAUAACCAAAAAUCAGAAAGUGAUAAAAGCAGUAAUUCCUACUAUUCGUAUGAUGAUGAUUCUUCUUGUAGCUCUGACUGUUCAGCAACAGGAAGCGCUCAGUCUACAAACACUGAAGGAAAAAAUCAUAAAGCACAGAAUCUGAAGACCUUUGCACAUUACCAAGCCUCUAAACAAAUUGCCGGUAAAUAUGCACCAAGCAAAAAAGGGAUGCGCUGUGGCUUUCGCUCCCAAAGUUUCAACAGGGACUCUUCUGAUAUUAGUCUCAUUACAAAAAGAGUACUUUCUGCCCGACUACUGAAAAUCAAUGAGCUUCAUAAUGAACUGGCUGAACUACAUGUAAAAGUUGAUGAACUGCAAAAAGAAAACAGGACACUUAAGCAGCUUCAAUACAGACAUGAGAAAGCCCUGCACAAGUUUGAAGACACAGAAAAUGAAAUCUCUCAGCUCUUGGCACGGCAUAACAAUGAGAUUCGAAUACUAAGGGAGCGCUUAAGAAAAUCACAAGAAAGGGAACAAACAGCUGAGAGAAAGUUGAAGACUUCAGAAGAGGAACUGUACAAAGUCAAAAGUACCUUGCAGAAACUGAGAAGACUUGCAGAAGACAGGCACCUCCCUGAGCGUGAUGAACUAGCCAAGAAGUUAGCUUCAGCAGAAAGCAGACUGGAUGACAAUGAAAAAAGAAUUAAGGAGUUGGAAAAAAACCUUGACCUUAGUAAUCAUAGUUUCCAGAGACAACUGCAUUCUGAAAAAAAGAAAUUAUAUGAGGCACAAGAAGAAAAAAAAACUUUGCAAGAGGAAAUCCAACAACUUAGCCAAAAACUGAAGGACAAAGAAAGAGAACUAGAUGUAAAAAAUAUAUAUGCUAAUCGAAAGCUAAAACCUUCACCCAAAAAAGACAUGAAUAUUACACCAAGGAAAAAAGGCGUGGGUAAGAACACUAAAGGAGAAGAACAAACAACAAAAGGAGUACAGACCUCUGGAUAUUUUUCUCCUGUAGAAUUUCCUCCUCCACCAGCUUUUCUUUCUGAAUCUGUUUCAGAGGAAAAGAAAGAAAAUGUACAUCUAAGAACGAAGGAAGAGACUGUUAAAGAAGACUGGAAGGAACAAACAGACCAUUUCAGUCAAGAAGAAAUCAGAGAAGAGGAAAAGAGGCUGAAAAAUGAUCAAGAAUUGCAGGUACUAGAGGAAGCAGCCAAGAAAGUUCGAGACGAAUGGAAAGGAGAAGAAUCUGAGAGAAGGAAGAAAGAAAAUAGUCUUUUGUUGAAGAAAGAAAAGAAAAGAAAUAUUCUGGAAACAGAAAUAUAUAGUCUGGAAAAUGAGAUGCAAAAUAGCAAAAGUGCAGAAGAAAGGAGACGGAAGGAAAUGCUGCUGACGAAAAUGCAUGAAAUGGAUAAAGAAGCUCAAAUCAAUAUAAAUUUAGCUUCCCAUACAUCCACCUCAGACACAAUUGCGACUUAUUCUUUGGAGAAAAGUAAAAGACCAUUUCAGUUCCCAGAGACAGCAGACAAGAUAUUCAAUGGAUUUCCAGACUAUGACCAGCACAAUGGGGUCACAAAAGGAGAAAUCCAGAACCAGCAUAAUGUAGGAGCCACCGAUUCAAGCAGUGAUCUGAUAUUUGGUAGUUAUGUGCCUUCCUUUGCAAAAGGGUCAAGAAGGCCAAACUGGCUUAAUCAAAAAACUGAUGUCCUAGAGGACACUGCUAAGGAAAAUGUAGGUCUCAACAUUAAGAGAGACAAAAAGACGAAUUUAAUGGAGCAGUUGUUUGGAAGCAGUGCCAAUGCUAUCACUUCGUCUAAGGCAAAUGACUUCGAUUUUUUUGUUCAAGGCAGUAGUACAGACAGUUUUCCUCAGGAUAAAGGUACCACAGGCAAAGUAAAAGAUGAAAGUGAUGUUUUCUUUAGUGAAGGAAAAAGCUUUAAUCCCAAAAGGCACCGAUUGCAGCACAUGGCAAGUAGAUCUUCAGUUAAGGCUGUUAAUUACUCAGAAGAUGAAAUUGAGGAAGUGCUACUGCAUUGAUGACUACCACCGAUAUUUAUUAUGCUGUUUGUAGUUUUUGUGCUAUUUAUAGUUUUUGUCCUUUUCAAAUAUUGUAAACAUGAGGUGAUGUCAGGAAUACAGCUGUUCAUUCAAUGUUCUAGAUUAUUUGAAAGAGAUGAUGACUUUGUUAUGCAUGUAGCAGUCAUCUUUUCUACAGCAAUUUCUUAGCAUGGCCUCAUUCAGUCUAGUUGGGUGUUGCUAUUUCCCCAAGUUUUCAUUCUGCAAACAAAAAUAAUCUAUCCCUCUAAGAAACCUUUUUGUUAUCUUUUGUCAGUCAUGUUUAAAUGUUCACAGCUCAUUGGCACAAUGCCAGCAGAGGACUUAAAGUGAUCCAGUACAGGCAUCAUAAUAUAGUUUUCUGCAUUUGGCCACAAGAGGAAGUAACCAAGAGCUUUUUGUAUUUAGACAUGAAGCUUCUUUCCUCCAUCACUUGUCUUUCUUUUGUCUCGCUGAGGAAACAGUGAAAGAAAUAUUAGAAACUUUUAAAACAUUGAGGGUGAUCCAAUUCCUCCCCUGUGCCAGCAAGGGAGGAGGCCUUCCAUGUAGAGAAUCCCCUUUUCAAUGUGUAGAACUGUAUGUGCAACCUAUGGAUCCAGGUUUUCUUCCAAAUUUUGUUACCAGGACAGCAAAGAUUCGGUGCAAACAAUCAAGUAAUUGAUGUUUUUCCUUCAGUUCUUUAUAUUACAUAAAGAUUUUUUAAAUUAAGCUAACGAUGAGAGUAGUAUGACAGGUUACAUGUUUUAUAUAUUAUGGAAAUCUGUUGUUGACCUAUCAACAUUACAUUGUUAAUUCAUUCUUGCACAGUAAGCCUUAAAUACUUCAGAGGAAAACUAGUACAGAAGCUACUUUUAAAAGUGGAUCUCAAUUUCUUAUGUAAGAGAGUGGAGAGCUUGAUGGAGUUUAAAUAAUGAAUUACGACAAAAUUAAGAUCACACAUCUUAUUUUAAUAUGUACAUGAGAAAACUAUUUAAUGGCAUGACAAAGAAACACCCUAUUUAUAUGAAAAUUAAUCUAGCAUUUGUUUAAUUUUCCAGUAGUCACAACUCAUUUAUACCAAACCAAUUCCAUUGCAUUUAACAAGUCUGUUCUAUAAUAAAUUACUUGUGGACUGCAGCCAGUGGGCGCAACUAUACAACCUUGGUACAUGUACAGAUGUUUCUAUUGGGUUGUACCAAAUGUCUGUUGCCUAAAGCUAUUGGUAAAACUGAAUUAAACUUUCUGGCAUUACUUGCUGUUUCAUAUAUCCAUAACAACAAAUAUAAGGGCAAGUUAAUUUUAAUAUUAAUACCUUUACAAUUUUGUUUUAAAACUUCAUUAUUUAAUGUAGCAAAUUACAGGAAAUAUAUUACAUAAAAUCUCUGAGCAUCCAAUGAUGCCUGGUAAACUGUGCAUUUGGUAUCCAUUCAUGCUUAAUUUUGAUGGGAAUGGAUCUUGAAAUAUGAACAAAAAACUUCCUUAGCUAACAGCAUUUUAGGUUUCUGAUUAAAGAGGUUCCUGCACUUCUGUUUUCUUUAACUUUACAAUACUUCCUUACUUUCCUUUUGGCUUAAAAAAAUUGUCUAGUUGAAUGAAACUAGUUCUCAUGAAAUCAGAUCUAGGCCAAGAACAGAAAGCUACUGAAGGAUGAAAAGCACCACCCUGAGUGCACAUAUAGAAAUCAUCACCCUCAUGCUUUUAACUGGUGUGUUACCCUCAUAUGCUUCAGAAUGCAGGAGUACUGCUGCUGACACCAGCUAUGGAUACUUCAGCUGUUGGUGGCAUUUAUUAGUGCAGAUGAGGACAGAGAUAAAACCAGGUGCCUCUACUCCUUUCUCCUCAUUAUGUCCCAUGUCUAGCAGAUGAAUGGAUGGCGAUGUAACAGUUAGGCUAGACAGAAUGUCCUGUAGAAAAUUCUCAUAAAAACAAGGUUGAAUAUCUGUGUUCUGUUAGGAGGUCAAAAGCUUGGGGAAGGAAAAAGUCUUCGCUUAUUUAUAGGGCCAAGCCAAGAAAUGGCUCCAUAUUAGGGAAACAGUAAAUCUCUCUAUAUGAAUCCAGGUUACUGUGCUGUACAACUAAUUGCUAUUUUUAUGUUUGUCCAUCAUAUGGAUGUUUAGGUGUUAUCUAGGCCAGCAUGUUUUGUCCAGAAAGCUCCAGCCCCCCCCCCUACUUUUGCCAGUUCUUCCAAUUGCUCAUUUGGCCUCCAGAAUAUUUGAAACUUUUUUUGGAGGUUCUAAACUACAUAAUAGCAAUGGAAUGUACUAUAGAUUUGAUUACAUUAUUAUGUAAUGUUAAUUGUUUUUAUAAAUUUAUAUUUUGUGUAAAAUAUAAAACAUGUUUGAUUUUUAACAAUGAUUUUUAUUAAAGAUUUCUCUGAUAGGUUUGUGCUCAGCA